AUGGCAGAUCAGAAGGCUGAACAGAACGGCUCUCAACGCCCGCUCCCCAGGCUGCUGGCGACGCUCCGCAACGAGGUAGGGCCACAGAUGAUCCAGGAGUUCGGCUACACCAGCCCCAUGCAGGUCCCGAGCCUGGAAAAGAUCGUGAUGAACAUCGGCAUGGGAGAGGCGCUUCAAAACGCCCGCGCAAUGGAGGCAGCCACCGCGGACCUGACCGCCAUCAGCGGCCAGAAGCCACUGGUGACCAGGGCCAAGCGGUCGAUCGCCCAGUUCAAGAUCCGCGACGGGAUGCCCAUCGGGCUGACAGUAACCCUGAGAGGGUCACGAAUGUGGGAGUUCUACGACCGGCUGGUCAACUCCGCGCUGCCCAGAAUCCGGGAACUUCAGGGCGUGUCCAGAACUCGUUCGACGGCAGGGGGAAUUACUCUGCUGGGCCUCCGCGACCAGGUGAUAUUUCCCGAAAUCGACUACAACGCAAUAGACAGGCUCAGAGGUCUGCAGGUGGUCAUAGUGACCACCGCGCCCAACGACCAGGAAGGGUUGAGGCUGCUUGAGCUGCUCGGUAUGCCGUUCGCGAGGACGCGCGACCCGAUGCUCGUAUAG